CACGCUACCUACCACCAUGUCUCCACCUUAACCUACCCUCUGCGUGGCCCUUCAACACCUCUACGCCACCUAACCCUCUCUCUUUUUCUAUUCUUUACCGCCAAUUAAGUUCUUCCAGCCCUUCUUUCUAUCUCUGCUUUCUUUCUUGUUUGCUCUGUUUUUUAUUUUUCCAUUCCAACAAUGGAGGCCAAGCUUCUUACAGCUUCCUCCUCUUCUUCAGUCAUUCCUUCUCUUAAUGUCCCCAAGCGCUCCCAACCCACCUGCCUUUUUUCUGUCAAGACCAGAAAAACCUCUACUUUAACGGUUUUCUGUUCCAGUUUGCAGGAGAAACGUGUGCCUCCUCUCAAUGCUUCCUCCAGCUUAAUUGGGUCAUCACGAAGACAUAAAAGGGUUGAUGAGAGUGAGAACUUGACACUAGAGGGCAUAAGAAGUUUUUUAAUCCGACAAGAGGACAGCAUUAUAUUUAGUCUUUUAGAGAGAGCUCAAUAUUGUUAUAAUGCAGACACAUAUGACCCUAAUUUUUUCAACAUGGAUGGUUUCGAAGGCUCUUUGGUGGAGUAUAUUCUCAAAGAAACUGAAAAGCUUCAUGCCAAGUUGGGCAGAUACAAGAGUCCAGAUGAGCAUCCUUUCUUUCCAGAUGAACUGCCCGCCCCAGUCUUGCCACCUCUGCAAUACCCUAAGGUACUACAUCCCAUCGCCGAUUUAAUCAAUAUAAAUGAUAAAGUGUGGGGCAUGUACUUUAGAGAUAUCAUCCCUAGGUUAGUGAAGGAAGGAGAUGAUGGCAAUUGUGGAUCAACUGCUGUUUGCGAUACAAUGUGCUUGCAGGCAUUGUCAAAGAGAAUUCAUUACGGUAAAUUUGUCGCAGAGGCAAAAUUUUCAGCAGAUCCAGAAACUUACAAGGCUUCAAUAAUAGCACAGGAUCGAGAUAAACUGAUGAGUAUGCUGACAUACCCAAAAGUUGAAGAGGCAGUCAAAAGGAGAGUAGAAAUGAAAGCCAGAGCAUAUGCACAAGAAGUCACCGGGGAUUUUGAAGUAAAUGGAGUAGAGCUGAUGUUUAAAAUAACUCCAAGCUUGGUUGCAGAUCUCUAUGAUGACUGGAUCAUGCCCCUCACAAAGGAAGUCCAAGUAGAGUACUUACUGAGAAGGUUGGACUAAAUAGCUAUGGAGUUUCAAUAGUUUUCAGUUAUAAAAUACAGAUCUGCAAACCCUUUUGGGGAUAAUGGUGUCACUGAUUCUUGCAUUUUGUAAAUUAAAGAUGCAUGUAAAAAAAACCUGAGAUGCACUUUAUAGUGUAUAAUAAUACAUUGUAUGCACAGUGUUUGCAUUUAAGGGGUGGAUUUGAGCCAGCUCCACUUGAACAAGCUCAAAACAAGUUUCGUUUAUACGAGCUUGAGCUUGAGCUUGAGAGUGUUCGGUUAGCAAGGUUGUGAGCCUAGCAAAAAUCAAGUUGAGUAAGUUAAAACAAUGUCAUUUUGAUUAAUACAUAUCAAAAUGACAUUGUUUGGAUGAUUUUGGCUCAGCUAUAGUACUGAGCUGAGCUCAAUUCGAACCCACUCUUAAUUCUUCCUAUGUAGAUGACGUUGAUUUUAUGAAAUAAGUGCAUUACAUUUUGUGUGUUGGAUUUGAUA